AUGGGGACCGCGCGCUUGAGCACGCCCUACCGCUUGCUCUCGUAUGGCUACGACACGUCGGUGGACGAGACUAAGCCGAUGGAGCACGUUGUGCACGAUUUCCUACGCCGGCUGAGCGACCUUCGGGAAGAUACAGAGACAGAAAUGCUUCCCAUCUUGUUUAUUGCUCAUAGCCUGGGUGGUAUCCUACUGAAGAGCGCCCUAGCUAUCUCCUACGACACGCACGACGCCAUCAGCAAUGCACUCGCGACCGCCUUCUUCUUCGGCGUGCCCUCAAACUACGUGCGCGAUUACGAGCGCGUAGCCACCGAAGAAGUCGACGAUGCCGCGCAGACGCCUCUUAUGCGCGCCUUGCGGCAAGACCUCCUCUUCCUAGGCUCGACGAACGUUAAGUUCGACGAGGCUGGACUGCCCGUGAAGUACCGCUGUCAGUAUUUCUUGGAAAGUGCAGGAGAAGUGGGCAUGCGGGAGCUAGAGGAAGGUGAACUCGCUCGCCUGCCCUCACAGGACAAGGUCAAGCUAAGCAAGGGACAUGGGCCUAUGAUCUGGUACUCACGCCGGGAUGAGCCUGAUUACCAGCGCGUUGUAGCUUGCGUGAAAGCAGCUGUCGAGCGCCUGUUGGCUGAUCCCACGACAGUUCUUUAG